CCAUCUUUGCUUGGCACUGACUCCUGCCACCCCUCGCCAUCCUCGCAGCCUGGCCCCCAUGCAUCUUCAGCAAAGCUUCGCAGGAGAUGCAAGGAGAGCGCUCGAACAAAGUCCUUAGGUUGUGAGGCGCCCCAAGAGAGCGCUCCAAAGCACGGCGAGUCGGAGCCGGACUCUGACAGAAAGGGGCGAGUUUGCUCCGCCGAGCAAGACGUGGCUUUCGGCUAUAAGCAAAAAGCCGGCAAAGGCGGAACGCUGUUUUCCUUCUCCUUGCAACUUCCAGAGUCAUUUCCUUCCCUCCUGGAUGACGACGGCUACCUGUCGCUCCCUAACCUCUCCGAAACCAACCUCCUGCCUGCCAGCGUGCAGCACUACCUUCCCAUCCGCUCCCCCUCCCUGGUGCCUUGCUUCCUCUUCAUUUUUUUCUUUCUGCUCUCUGCCUCUUUCUCAGUGCCAUACGCCCUCACUCUCUCCUUUCCUCUGGCUAUGUGCCUCUGCUACCUGGAGCCCAAGGCGGCCUCCUUGAGUGCCUCACUUGCCAAUGACCUGAGUGACAGUUCAGAGGAAGAGACUGACAGUGAGCAGACGGAUACUGCAGCUGAUGGUGAGACCACUGCCACCGAGGUUUGUACAGUUGCCGGCACCCAGUUAUGGCAGGGGAGAGCGCUUGGCCUCAUCUCUUCCCGACCCCGGCUGCCAAACCGCAUGUCCCCUGCGGCGGUGCAGGAUCCCUCCCUGCGCGUGUGUGCAUGCACGUGCGCGCGAGUGCGAGAGCUUUGCGCGGCCGGUUGGUUUUUCGGUGCUCCCUACGGGUUCCUCCUGUUUCUGUGUUUGGUUUGGAACCUGCGAGGGCUCUGCGCUGUGCAG